AUGGAUGCCACCGACCCGAUAAAUUCGCCGGAAGGCGAAGCCGUGGACGGCGCCACCGUCGAGCCCAGUGCGCGUGCCCUGAACCCGGGUUCGACGGUGGCCAAAUCCAGGGCUGUUGUAGGCGAGUGCCGCGGUGAGCUUACACUGCAGCCGGAUGAAGCUGACCGAAUAAACCAGCUGUUAUCGCAAGAAAAUUUCAGAUUCCUUGUCUACACCCCGCAGCCGGAAUCCAGCAAGAUGUGGAGGAAGCCAGCCGAAUACGAAUCCGUUCGCGCCCUGAGCGAGCGUGGCGUCGGCAGCGGUUCGUUUGAGAGCCGCCGCAGCAAGUCGCAGUUUUCGCUCAAAUCCGCGGACAGCCGGGAGGACGACGCGCAGACCGUCUCGUCGUACGACGCGUCGGAGAAACGGUCGCUGCGGAAGCGCAAGCAGCGCGUGCGGUACUACGAGGAGUUCGCGCAGGACCUCACCGACGGGAACUACCGGGAACUGCGGCACGAAAAGCCGCCCAAAUCACAGCGCGAGGGGCUCAAGAAGCAGCAUUCGGGCAGCUACGAGCGCCAGCAGUCGCAGCAGCUCUACCGCGCCGUGCCGAUCCUCAGCAGGAACCUGCCGAAGCUGCCCAAAGACACCUGGGAGUACACCGCGUAUCGCAUGCUGCAGGCCAUCAAGUACAUGGACACCGACAAGUGGUUCUGGUACCCCGUGGACCCGGUGGCCGACGGCGUGCCCAACUACCCCAAGAUCGUGCACACGCCCAUGGACUUCCACACCAUCACCGAGCGGCUGCACAUGAGGCAGUACUCCAACCCCUUCGCCUUCCAGUGCGACUGCAGGCAGAUCUUUUUCAACGCGUUCCUGUUCUACCAGCCUGACAACGUGAUCUGGCAGGCGGCGGAGCACCUCGCGAAGAUUCUGGAGGAGAAGCUGAGCAACACGCGCUACCUGCACCCCGACGAGUUCCACUCGCUGCUGCAGAAGGGCGAGGACGCCAUGCGCGCGACGCUGCUGGAGUACAACGAGGCGACGUUCCUGCGCAAGAACAAGUGGAACUCCGGGUCGCUAGGCCUGGACGACGCCGAGGCCAUGAAGCCGCUCGAGAAGCGCAAGGCCGCGCAGAACCACCGCAGCAAGCACGUCAUCGACGAGUACAUGUACACCGGCGACGACGAUGACGACAGCUUCAACGAGCUCUCGUCGGUGGCCUCCGCCGACGACUUCAUGCUGCCGAUGGACGGCGGCCGCGGCCGGCCCAAGGGCUUCAAGAAGAAGGGCUCGCACUCGAAGCCGUACGGCCUCAAUCGGAAGCACAAGUUCGGCGACGCGUCGGAGGAGAGCGACUCCGGGCAGCGCGUGAAGUUCGUGGGCGAUUUCCCCGUUCCCGAGGUCGGGCGCGUGCUGCCGCCCCCGCCGCCGGCGCUGUCCACCAUGCAGAAGGCCUCCCCGCUGGACAAGGGCAUCACGCCGAGCCAGACGCGCACGCUCCACGUCAACCUCUCGCGGCUGGCGCCGAACCAGCGCAAGGCGGCGCUGGAACUGAUCGAGGACGACCUCGGGAUCCUGGGGGAGACGUUCAUGCACGACCGCACGUUCACCUUCGACCCCAGCCUGCUGCCCGUGGACAAGCAGCGGCGGGUGUUUCUGUACGUCAACGCCAUGGUGAAGCGCAACAUCGAGGAGAUGCACGCCGAGUACGCGCGCAGGAAGAAGCCGAAGCCGCAGCCCGAGAUCGCCAUCCACGACGCCAAGGAGGUGGUCAGGCAGAACCCGUCGGAGAUCUUCGACGCCUCCAGCAGCAGCUCGUCCAUCUCCGACGUGGCGUCCAACUUCCUGAGCUCCGACGACUUCUUCGACUCGUCGGACGACGAGCCCGUCAGCGUCAACGAGGAGGCGAAGCAGCGCGUGCCCGACGACGCGCCGCUCCCGGAGUACACGCCGGUGGACGAGCAGAAGUCGGAGAAGGUGCAGCUCACGCGCGGGAUCAUGGGCGACCACGCCGACUUCUUCACCCACGUCGAGUCGCCCCCGCUCAACGACGACGGGUCGCAGGGGCAGCAGGGCAAGAAGAGCGCGUGGAUGGAGUGGAAGGGCCAGGCCAUCCACCACGGUACCGUGGCGCAGGAGAACGGCGUCGAGCCGCUCAGCGUCGACGAGAAGAUCGCGGAGUCGUUCGACGCCCGCAUAUAA